AUGACAUGUGCCCUUUGCAAUGGCAACCACCUCACACAAGCAUGCGCGAACAUGAUUAAUGCCACAUUAGCAGUGACUUUUGCAUUGGUAAGGGGAGCAAGGUUAUGCACGAACUGUUUACGCGUCGGUCACGGAGUGCAAAAAUGCUUGGCAAUCAAAUGUAGACGUUGCAGCGGACGCCUCCAUACAUUAUUGCAUGAGGAGCAGACGGGCGAGCCGCAACAAGCGUAUCAAGUGAACGUUUCGGCUCUCAAGGCAACCCAUGGGGCAGAGGUUGUGCUAUCCAUCGUGGUCGUCUACCUUCCGGAAAAUCGAAACAAACAGCAACCGUGUCGGUUACUCUUCGAUUCCGGGUCACAGUCCCACCUUAUUACCGAACGGUUUUCGAAAAGGCAAGGCAUUCCCCAUCACCGCGUAGGAGUACCAGUAACUGGAAUUACACAAACAACCACUUUCGUAAGGAAAGCCGUGGAAACGCAAAUUCAAUCGCUUACAAGCCCGUUCACAGUCGACGCGACAUUCUUGAUCGUGCCACAAAUCACAGAAAUGCUACUAUCGCGAGCGCUAUAUAGGACCGACGUCAAGAUCCCAAGAAAUCUCCCUCUAAUCAACCCUAACUUCAACUUGCCGUCCGAGGUGGACGCAUUACUAGGCGCCGAGGUGUCCUUAAAGUUAUUCUGCGUCGGGCAGAUUCCCACUAUGAGCAACGCAAUCACGCCACAGAAAACCAAAAUUGGCUGGAUCAUGGCAGGCAAACUCCCACAUGUAGAUAGUCAACAAUUCACUCGCUGUCAUAUAGCUCGCUACGCACUACAUCAGCUCACGCAAUUUUGGGAGGUCAAAGGAACUCCGCGAUCCCCUUUAAUAUCAGUAGAAGACAGAGAAUAUGAGGCGCAUUUUAAAGCGCAAACAAACCGCGACCACGUGACACGCAGGUAUACAGUUCGGCUGAAAUUCAAGAACAAUGUGAAGGAUCUCGGCGAAUAUUAUUCAUUGGCACGAAAGCGAUUCUAUGCAUUGGAACAGAAAUUGAGCCAGAAUCCGGACCUCCGACACAGACACGAAAACAUUCUAAACGAAUAUUUGGUGUUGGGCCACACGUCGCUAGUGACGGAUUCAUCGAUCAAGCACAGAUAUUACUUACCGCACCAUGCUGUAAUAAUGCAAUCGCGCCUAACUACCAAAUUCCGGGUGGUCUUCGACGCACCGGCCUGGACCACCAGCGGGUGCUCUUUAUUCGACGCACAGUUGGUGGUACCAAACGUCCAGGAAGACCUACUCUCUAUCGUAUUGUGCUUUGGGUCACACACCUGCGUAAUGGCCGCCGAUAUAAAGAAAGUGUACCUUCCAGUAUGGGGCAUCCUGACGCCCGCGAGUAUCAAAACAUUCUCUGGUGCCUGA